CCUCGCCGUGUUUCAUCAUAACAGUUUAUUUGUCUCCCUCGCGUGAUCCACGUGUUUGACGUUUGCAAACUUUUCUAAGAUUUCAAUGGAUUACAAAUCUUUAGUUAGAGAUGUACGAAUUAAAGUUUGCGUCGGGUUCUAUUUAUUUUUUAAACUAAAAUCUCACAGAGUAGUAGUUAAAUAAAAAAUAGUUAUAAGGAGUAUUAUCUUUUCAUUGCAAACGAAAAAUUCAACUAUUUUCUGAGGUUAUUUAAUUGGUCUUUUAUAUUUUAGUUCUCAGUAAAUGGGUUCUGUAAAAUUGAGAAUUUUUUAACAAAUGAUGAAGUGGAAGAACUUAGGGAAGGCAUGCAGGAUGAAAUAGAAAAUAUGACUGAAGAAGACGUUCACGUGCAUUCUGCAUACAGUGAUCCUAAGAGAAAAAGUGAUGAGGAAUAUUACAUUAACUCGGGAGACAAAGUUGCCUAUUUUUUUGAAGCUGAUGCUUUUGACGAAGAAGGAAAUUUGCUUGUGGACAAAAAAGAGGCUCUUAAUAAAAUCGCAUAUGCUUUGCAUUGGUGGAGUCCCAGAUUCAAAAAAAAUCACUUUUAGUGAAAAAAUAAAAGAUUUGCUGCGCAACUUUGGGUAUAAGGAACCUGUCGUUACUCAUAGCAUGCUGAUAUUUAAGGCCCCAGACGCUACUGCCCACUUUCAUCCUGUGUGCCCGCUUUCUACUAAAAAUUUCAUUUGGUUUGCAAAUUAUAAUUACGGCGAUUUUCGUCUUGCACUUAAGAGAUUUGCUGUUUUGCGUCCUUACGAAGAUCGUCACGUUGCUGAAUGA